AUGAUAGGCAGCAGCUCAGCUUCAGAGGGAGGCGGGGAUCGUCUCCAGGCCGUGAAGGUCUGCAGCACCUCCCCUACCCACUGCAGCAGCAGCGAUGCAUCUGCUGCUGCUGCUGCUGCUGCUGCUGCUGCAGCUGCUGCUGCUGUAGAAGGCAGCAGCAGCGCGGGCGGGUCCUGCAGCAGCAGCAGCAGCACAGCAGAUGCAGCAUCUGUUUGUCUUGCUGCUUCUCCCCCCCCUCCUCAGCAGCAGCAGCAGCUGCUCAUCACCAAUGCCCCGACUAAUACUGCAGCAGCAGCGCGGGCGGGUCCUGCAGCAGCAGCAGCAGCACAGCAGAUGCAGCAUUUGUUUGUCUUUGGGAGGCGGGGAUCGUCUCCAGGCCGUGAAGGUCUGCAGCCCCUCCCCUACCCACUGGGAGGCGGGGAUCGUCUCCAGGCCGUGAAGGUCUGCAGCCCCUCCCCUACCCACUGCAGCAGCAGCAGCACGCGCAUCUCUCCACAAGGAUACUUCAGCAGCUUUUUCCCCAGCAGCCGCAGCAGCAGCAGCAGCAGCAGCAGCAGCAGCAAGUGCAGCAGCAAGCUGUGGGGGGGCCAUCGCCGCCCCAUCGAUGUGGUGGUGCCGAGGUGCAUAUACACCCCAGAAGACAAGCCUACGAGUUUGCUGCUGCCACCGAAGCAGCAGCAGCAGCAGCAGCAGCAGCAGCAGCAGCAGCAUGGGGGACGCUGCGUUGCAGACGCAGAAGCAAAGGCAGCAGCUUUCUUUGCGCAUGCAGUGCUGCAGCAGCCACCAAGAGAACCAGCAGCAGCAGCAGCACCAGAAGCAGCAGCAGCAGCAGCAGAAAUAGCAGCAGCAGCAGCAGCAGAAGAAGCAGCAGCAGCAGGAGGAUCAUCUCCAGGGACAUCGCUAUCAUCAGCAGCAGCACCGCAACCAGCAGCAGCAGCAGCAGCAGCAGCAGGAUCACCAGCAGCAGCAACAGCAGCAGCAGACCAGAAGCAGCAGCAGCAGCAGCAGAAAUAG